GUGCGGCAGGUUCUCUUACAUCGACCCCCUUGCCGUCGCGCUGUAAGAAGACAUCCGCAGAGAGGUCCUACCUCCAUCGCUUCCUUUGUCAGAUCCUUCAAGCGAGCUAAGCAUCAACGACAAUGCGUGAGUGCAUCUCCAUCCACGUGGGCCAGGCUGGUGUCCAGAUCGGAAAUGCUUGCUGGGAGUUGUACUGUUUAGAGCAUGGCAUCCAGCCUGAUGGGCAGAUGCCCAGUGAUAAGACCAUUGGAGGAGGAGAUGACUCUUUUAACACUUUCUUCAGUGAGACAGGAGCUGGAAAACAUGUUCCCAGAGCAGUGUUUGUAGACUUGGAACCAACUGUAAUUGAUGAAGUGCGUACAGGAACCUACAGGCAACUUUUCCACCCAGAACAACUGAUCACCGGCAAAGAAGAUGCAGCCAACAACUAUGCUCGCGGACACUAUACCAUCGGCAAAGAGAUCAUUGACCUGGUUCUGGACAGAAUUCGAAAAUUGGCUGACCAGUGCACAGGUCUCCAGGGCUUCCUUGUCUUCCAUAGUUUUGGUGGUGGCACUGGGUCCGGUUUUACUUCCUUGUUGAUGGAACGUCUCUCUGUUGACUACGGGAAGAAAUCUAAGCUGGAAUUCUCCAUCUACCCCGCUCCCCAAGUGUCCACAGCUGUUGUAGAACCCUAUAACUCCAUCUUGACAACCCACACCACACUUGAGCACUCAGACUGUGCCUUCAUGGUAGACAAUGAAGCCAUUUAUGACAUCUGCCGCAGGAAUCUUGACAUUGAGCGCCCCACCUACACCAAUCUCAAUCGACUUAUUGGUCAGAUUGUGUCAUCUAUCACAGCCUCUCUGCGCUUUGAUGGGGCUCUGAAUGUUGAUCUAACAGAAUUCCAGACCAACUUGGUGCCCUACCCUCGUAUCCACUUCCCUCUAGCUACCUAUGCCCCAGUUAUUUCUGCUGAGAAAGCCUAUCAUGAGCAGCUUUCUGUGGCUGAGAUCACAAAUGCCUGCUUUGAGCCAGCUAACCAGAUGGUCAAAUGUGACCCUCGCCAUGGCAAAUACAUGGCUUGCUGCCUGCUAUACCGUGGUGAUGUGGUACCCAAAGAUGUCAAUGCAGCUAUUGCCACUAUCAAGACCAAGCGUACCAUCCAGUUUGUAGACUGGUGUCCUACUGGUUUCAAGGUGGGCAUCAACUACCAGCCUCCCACUGUUGUACCUGGAGGUGAUCUUGCCAAGGUCCAGAGGGCUGUUUGUAUGUUAAGCAACACCACUGCCAUUGCAGAGGCUUGGGCACGUCUUGAUCACAAAUUUGACUUAAUGUAUGCCAAACGUGCUUUUGUCCACUGGUAUGUUGGGGAAGGUAUGGAGGAAGGGGAGUUCUCUGAGGCACGUGAAGACAUGGCCGCCUUGGAGAAAGACUACGAGGAAGUGGGUGUGGAUUCUGUUGAGGGAGAAGGGGAAGAGGAAGGAGAGGAGUACUGAACCUCAUUAGAUGGUGCUACUGUCAGGGAGCCCAAGAAGAAUGACCAAAAACCACCAGAUUCUGCUUUGUAACUCAGGCUGCUUUUCACAACUUUGUAUGUCUGUAGUUUACAUUUUUUUUGGAAAACUUAAUUCAAUUUCAAACGUACAAAACAAACUCUAAUCAGCCCAUAACUGCUUGGUUGGUUUGUGAAACGAGAAGGAAAUAAAAUCCCUGUCUUCAUUC